AUGCCUCGCCAAUUCUUCGUCGGAGGAAACUUCAAAAUGAAUGGAGUCGCCGACUCCAUCAAGUCCAUUGUCAACAACCUCAACGCCGCCAAGCGUGACCCUAGCACCGAAGUCGUUGUAUCCCCGCCCGCGCUGUACCUGGCACUUGUCCGCGAGCUGGCCGACUCGUCUAUCGGUGUCUCGGCGCAAAACGUCUACGACAAGCCCAAUGGCGCGUUCACUGGUGAGCUGAGCGUUGAGCAGCUCAAGGAUGCCAAGAUCGACUGGACUCUGGUGGGACACAGUGAGCGACGAGUGUUGCUGCGCGAGGACGAUGACUUUGUUGCUCGCAAGACCAAGGCUGCUAUUGACGGUGGCUUGAGCGUCAUUCUCUGCAUUGGCGAGAGCUUGGAGGAGCGUGAAGCCAACAAGACCAUCGAAGUCGUCACAAGACAGCUGGACGCCGUCGCCAAGCUCUUGAGCGAGGCUGAAUGGGCCAAGGUUGUCAUUGCCUACGAGCCUAUCUGGGCCAUCGGCACCGGCAAAGUCGCCACCACCGCUCAAGCUCAAGAAGUGCACGCUUCCAUCCGCCAAUGGCUCCAGAAGAUCUCCGCAUCCGUCGCCGAAAACACUCGCAUCAUCUACGGUGGUAGCGUCAGCGAGAAGAACUGCCGUGAACUGGCCAAGGAGAAAGAUGUUGACGGAUUCCUUGUUGGAGGUGCCAGCUUGAAGCCAGCUUUCGUCGAUAUCAUCAACUCCCGCAUUUAA